AUGCCGAAGGCACUUGAUAAUACGUGCAUGCCCGCUAAGCCAAUUACACCGCUCGACUAUCAGGAAAGCGGACAAAUAUGGAGAAGGAAUUCAGUGCAUGCCAUAUCUGAAGUCUUGACCUUAAAGGGUGGUAAUGCAUAUCGAAAAGUAUUCAAAGUUGUUUCUGGUCAGGUUUUGUUGUAUGAAUACUUUGCCACGGGUGAUUUACAGUUCUGGGUCUGUCAAGCUAAUGAAAUGAUGACACCGAAAUUCGAACACACAACAUUGAGACUUACGGAGGAAGGUGAAGUAGUUGCAAGUGCUAAUGGUGCGCUAUCAAUAAAUAUAUUAAAUCGCAGUGAAAUCUUCUCACUGAAAGUAAAUUUGUCGUAUGCUAUUGUAUAA